CGAUCUUUGUGAAAAAAAAAAAAAAGAGAGAAGAAGAAUUCAACACUAUUUGAUUACAAAGAAUUUCUUUUUAUGUUCCGUUUCGCAAGUUUCAUUCGCCGAACGGAUAUCGAAACGUAAACAAAGAUUCUUUCGAGAGCGGUGUUAAAGAUAAAUAAACAACGUUAACAUCUUUCGGUGAUCUUUCACGCAUGAACGCAAACGCGGAUACGAAGCAAGCAUUCUAGUCGAGUUUUGCUAGCACGUCGGUCACGAUAUGUAACUUGUCUACCAUUUUCAAAUAGAAACUCAAGACGUUUUAUUCCGACUGUCGUAACCGCGCUAAUAAGUAGGUCUCACGCCGUUAGUCUUCACGAGGAAACACGCGAACCAAGUUAUCGCCGUCGAUCCGGAGCUACUUGGAUGGAUAACAAAAAAGAAUAAAAAAGAAAGAAAUAAUCAAAGAGAAUUUUUUCGUCUUUCUCUCGAACGAACUUGAACUUGAGAAGAACGAAGAAAUUAGUCUUUUCCUUUUCUAGUAUACCAUCGUUAGUUCCGUAACGAUACGUUUUGUAACGAAAUCGUGCAAGGAAGGACUUCGGUUGAAACACUUUCCUUGCGGUUGCACGUUACACGAGCGAUACGCAAAACAUCGAGAACAAUCGGAUAAAACAAGUUUAGAUCGAUAAAAGGAUCAAGGAAAAAUGUGGACAAAAGUGAUCGUCUUAAUCGUCGUAUACCUUUCGAUGAUUUUGAAAGUAAGGACGAAGGAGACGUGUAGCUUGGACAACGGAGAUGAAAAAGAACAGACUCGAUUUCGUACGUUCGAUUUGACCAGAUUUCCAAGAAUCUCACGUCGGCUUGAUCAUCUCACCGAUGAUGUCGGAGUCAAUGAUUCGCGAACUCGAAGUUUAUUGGAAUCAUCCAAAGUAUCGAUCGGAUAGCGACAGGAUCGCACUUUACAGGGAUGAUCCAGCGAAUGGAUCCGAACCGAUUCUCAUUUUGGAACCAAAAUCGUCGAGUGGUAUAAAGGGUACGGGAAUUCAGGCCGAAUAUUUGCCUACUACGAAUUUGACUUAUCGUAGGCAAUGUCUCGAGUAUUACGUUGCUUGGCUGAGAAAUGGUACCCCGAGGAAAGUGAAUUGUCUCGAAACUCGCCCCAAUUGGAUGGCCGAGAGAAAAGAGAUUUUAGGUCCUCUUAAAAUGAACAAAAUAUUUUUACCAGGCACGCACGAUUCGGCAUCCUAUGCCAUCCACAAACGAGCCGAUCGAGAGGACAUUAUUGAGAAAUACGUUAUAACGCAGGACGUAGACGUACUCGCGCAAUUGAUAUACGGAGUACGAUACUUGGACAUUCGAGUUGGAUAUUAUCCUCGCACGAACGAAAUCUGGUGGGCUAAUCACGGAAUCGUACAGUUGAUGCCAUUACGAAUCAUCAUCGAGCAAGUGAAAGAAUUUCUCGAUAAUACCGAGGAGAUCGUCAUCUUUGACGUUCAAGAAUUUCCAGUUGGAUUUCAUAAGAACUUGUCCAUACACCAGCAGUUCGUUAAAUAUUUGGAGAAACAAUUUAUGGGUUACUAUUUACCUUACAAAACCGGUUGGUUCACAACAUUGAAUUCGAUUUGGUCCUCGAAAAGGAGACUGAUUAUCGGUUACGAUGAGAAACAAAUUGUCAGCUUUUACGAAAGCCUUUGGCCUUGCGUUACCCAUCAGUGGGGUAACGUUCGAACGAUCGACGAUCUAUAUCGUUAUCUCAAUCGCAUCGAAACGUCGAGUCAAUGGGACUACAAAACAACGCCAAGAUCCGCGAUGGCGGAAUUGACGCCUAAUACGUGGGACGUGAUUUUAAACAGAUUGGGAGGUCUUCGUCGAAUGGCCGAUAGAGUCAAUGCCAAUGUCACGAGUUGGUACGCAACGAAAUGGCAACGUACAGCUAACAUCGUCGCGGUUGACUUUGUAAGAGGUUCUGGCAUCGUCGAGACUUCUAUCGAGUGGAAUGAUCGACGAAACUCCAACUGUUAAAAACAGUAUAGAAAUAUAUUUAAGCUUGGAUCCUA